ACCCUGGUUUAUUAUAAUUUAUCUUUAUUAUUUAUUUUCUAUACUACUUUAUUGCAAAUUAUUAUAUUUUAAAGAUGAAAUUUGUGAAUUAUGUAAAAAAAUUAUUUUAUCCCUUUAUUCAGUGAAGUUUGUUAACAAAAUUAUUUUAAAAAAUUUAAUGGAAAAGAAAGAUUCUGAUUGCAAUUAAUUUAAAUACAAAAUUAAUCAAAUGGAUAACAAUGAAGGAAUUUCAAAUGAACGAUAUCAAAAUACGUACGAAAUUUGCAAUGUUAAAAAUGAAGAAAAUUAUCAAGAUAAUCCACCUGGCAUUGAAUUUUAUUUUAAAAUAAUAAAUUUAUUGAUAGAUCAUGUUAGGCAUUAUUAUUGCAAGCAGAAGAUUGGAAUUCUCUAAAAAUGUUCGUCAUCAUAUUUGAAAAUCGCAUUUCUUUUAUUGGGGUGUGUUUUUUUUUUGUAAUAGGAAUGCAUAACUAUUUUGAUAUAGAAAAGAAUUAUCUAGUACGCAGAGGUCAUAAAAACGAUAUGUACGAUUACCUGGCGUGAUUUGUUGAUUGAGGACAAGAGUGGAUCAUAACGCUCUCUAUUCAAAAGUUAACACAUCGGACAUGAACCUAUCUCAUAAAAGUAUUAAGUUACAGCUUCUGUGAGGAUCAAUUUCAAUUUUCUGCAAAGUCACGAAAGGAAAUUUUAUUGGAAAAUCAAUUGCUGGGAAAAAAAAAAUCUCUAUAUUAAUAAUGUGUUCUCGUUUAAAUUAUGAUUUUUACAAUCUGAAUUGUAUUAAUUAAUUGAAAUCUCAUAAUUCUAUCAUAGAGUCUUUGAAAUUCUAAACAACUUUGAUUAAAUUUCCAUAUAAAAAUAUACAUUGGAAAAAAUUCUUUUUUUCUUUUUAUUUUUCUAAUCCAACAAAAAAAAAUGAAGAGUUCACUUUUAAUCCUGUGCUUUGCAAUUGUUUUGCGAGAUUCAUGGCAAUCACCUGGUGAUAAUGAAGACAUGUCAUUUUGGUUAAAAUCGGGACAAGAUAAUCUUCAAAGGGUACUAUCUAUUCGAAACUUAGAGAAGAAGGCAAAAAAUAUUAUUAUCUUCAUUGGCGAUGGUAUGGGAAUAUCAACAAUAACUGCUGGAAGAAUAUUUAAAGGACAGUCUAAAGGAUUUAAUGGUGAAGAGUAUAAACUCAAUUUUGAAAAAUUUCCCAACGCAGCACUUGUUAAGACAUACAAUAUUGAUAGACAAGUUCCUGAUUCUGCGGGAACUGCCACGGCUAUAUUUUCCGGUGUAAAGAGUAGAUAUAAAAUUCUUGGUCUAGACGCAAAGGCACAAGUUAAUACAUGUGAUAAAAAUAUUAAUGAGGCAGCAAAAUUAUCAACGAUUGCAGAUUGGGCCCAAGAAUCGGGAAUGGACACAGGUUUUGUAACGACUACACGUGUCACUCAUGCAACACCUGGGGCUCUAUAUUCACAUAUAAAUAAUCGCGAUUGGGAAUGUGAAACUGAAAUUCCAAGAGAAUAUAGAACAUGCGUGAAAGAUAUCGCCAGACAAUUAGUAGAAGAUGCACCAGGAAAAAAUUUCAAGGUAAUAAUGGGAGGAGGUGGACAGUGUUUGGGUAUUCCAAAUAUAAAAGAGGACACUGAUCUAUGCAAAAGAGAUGAUGGACGUAAUUUAGCAGAAAUUUGGAAAAAUAAUAAUCCUGACAGCAAAGUUGUUACAAAUCUCAAAGAUUUAAUGGCAGUUGAUAUUGCAAAUACAUCGAAAAUUAUGGGAAUUUUUGGCAGCAGUCACGUUGAAUAUAGUGCCGUUAAAUCUAAAGAAACUCCUUCAUUGGCUAAUAUGACUUUACAAGCGAUACGAAUUUUAAAGAAGAAUAAAAAUGGAUUUUUCCUUCUAGUUGAAGGUGGUAAAAUAGAUAUAGCUCAUCAUGCGAAUUAUGCGAAAAUGGCUUUAAUUGAAUUAUCGGAUUUUGAAGAUGCAAUUCAAGUUGCUUUUAGAGAAUUAAAAAUGAAAGAAACUUUAUUAAUUGUAACUGCCGAUCAUUCACAUGCAUUUACUUUAAAUGGUUAUCCAAAAAGAGGAUCUGAUAUUCUUGGAUUUGCGAAUCAAACCGAAAAAGUUGAUCCAUAUGAAACUCUUAGUUAUGCUAAUGGACCUGGAUUUUUUUAUCAUCGACGAAAUGAUAGUACAAAUGUUAAUGAAACAUGGCGACGUGUCGAGGAUGAUCAGACACGAAAAAGUCCAUAUUAUCGACAUUUUGCUGGAAAAUAUUUAAAGGACGAGACACAUGGUGGAGAGGAUGUUGCUCUUUAUGCUAUUGGGCCAUACUCUCAUUUGUUUCGAGGAACAUUCGAGCAAAAUUAUAUUGCACACGCGGUGGCUUAUGCGGCAUGUUUUAAAGAUUGGCCUUCACAUUGCGAUGAAGCUUACAACAGGUACUAUUAUGAGACAACGAAAUCGACAGGAUUUCAAAUGACAUCCAAUGUAAUUCUUUUAGUUUUUAGUAUUUUAGUUGUAAGUAUUGAAACACUUUUAGGAAUAUUUUAACAAAAUUUUCAUAAUAUUCUCUAUAUUUAAAGCAGUAAUUUUUGAAUUAUAUUUCGCGAAACUUAAAAUUUUUUUAUCCAUUAUUUUCAAAUAGCAGAGUUCAUCUUCUUUUUUCUUACGAAAAAAAAAUAUA